GGCGGCAAUUGGGAGCCCGCCGGGGCACCGCCAGCGUUGGCCGUGCUGCGCCGUGCCCGGCCAUGGAUCCUUUGCCCAAAGACGGCGAGAGCGCGGCAGCCGGGGAGCCCAGCCGGGGCGCUGCCCCCUCCAGCGGGGUGGUGGUGCAGGUCCGGGAGAAGAAGGGUCCCCUGCGCGCCGCCAUCCCCUACAUGCCGUUCCCCGUGGCUGUCAUCUGCCUUUUCCUCAACACCUUCGUGCCGGGGCUGGGAACAUUUGUCUCAGCUUUCACGGUGCUGUGCGGAGCCCGGACUGACCUGCCCGACAGGCACAUGUGUUGUGUCUUCUGGCUGAACAUUGCUGCUGCCCUGAUUCAGAUCCUGACAGCGAUUGUGAUGGUUGGCUGGAUUAUGAGUAUAUUUUGGGGGAUGGACAUGGUCAUUCUUGCAAGCUACAAGGAACAGGGGAUCCCACAGCAGCUGUAGUGGCUGGGACAAGUGUGGUCAGAGACACACGGCGAGAGAUUUCCUUUGGCAGCUGUGGGCCACGGACCUUUUCAUUACCCUUUGUCUUUCUUCUCCCUUUUGUUUUGUGUCCUUCUGUUUGAACCUGGUUCCCCUGCUGGUCCAGCGGAGCGGAGGUGCAGAGCCGCCGACGGAGACUUGCACUGAUCCCCCUGAGCAGCCGAGAUGGGGCAAGCACAGCGUGGCUUAGGACUGGCCCUGGUCAGCAUGUGGUGGGCAGCCAGGAGAAGGAGACAUCCCUGGCAAAGGUGGCACCUGGGAAGGCAGCUGAGCCAGGAGAGCAGAUUCUGCUUUCUCUCUCCUCCCAGGGGGGAGUAGCUGAAGACAUUUUGCUUCCUUUUUACACUCACUGUCAAAGGAAACCAGCUAUGAAGGUCAAAUGCCAAGGAGCUAUCAAUAGAUAUGUGUACAGUAUGUAAAAGCAAACCAGUGGUUCUUCUUCCCCACACCUCCAGAGUCCAUCCUUGAUGGCUUUGCAGUAGUGGAGGGCUCAGCCCAGCCACCUCCAGGGUCCAUCCUUAAUGGCUUUGCAGUAGUGGAGGGCUCAGCCCAGCCACCUCCAGGGUCCAUCCUUGAUGGCUUUGCAGUAGUGGAGGGCUCAGCCCAGCCACCUCCAGGGUCCAUCCUUAAUGGCUUUGCAGUAGUGGAGGGCUCAGCCCAGCCACCUCCAGGGUCCAUCCUUAAUGGCUUUGCAGUAGUGGAGGGCUCAGCCCAGCCACCUCCAGGGUCCAUCCUUGAUGGCUUUGCAGUAGUGGAGGGCUCAGCCCAGCCUGCUCUGCUGUUUGUGUUCAUGAUGCUCAGUGAAGCUCUGUCCUUGCAGAUGUCUUUAGAAACGUGCUUGCUGUGAAUGGUAUUGUACUGCUGAUCCGAUUUGAGAUGUCCCCUGAAUCCAUCUGCUGGCACCAUGUGAAGACCACACCUCCCCCUGGACCCUGGGGAGACUUUACCUAGCGAAGGACCAGUGUCCUGCAGCACCUUGCCUCUAGGGUGGUGCUGCCAAAAGCUUUGAGAGUAAAACAAUGCUGGGAGAGCCUCCCCUAUACCCAACCCUAAAAGGAGACUUUUUCUUC